AUGGGGUUCAGUGUGGCUCAUCUCCAAUUCUGGCUUGGGGCAUCGGCCGCGGGAGUGCUUAUCUACAUAAUAUGUGUCGCCGUCUACCGUCUCUAUUUCCACCCGCUGGCGAAAUACCCAGGGCCAGUCCUCGCCAGGGUCACCAACCUCUACAUGCUCUACCAUGCCUGGAAAGGCGAUAGGCACUUGGAGUUCUGGCGCAUGCACGAGAAGUACGGCAGGUUUGUACGCUUCGGCCCCAGCUCGCUGUCGGUCAACUCCAACACGGGCCUCAAAGACAUCUACGGCUUCAAGGCCAACGUGAGCAAGUCCGAGUUCUACGACGCCUUUGUGAACCCCGCCCCCAAUACCCACAACACCCGGGACAAGGCAGUGCACGCACGGAAGCGGCGCGUGCUCUCGCGUGCCUUUUCCGACAGCAACAUCAAAGAGGUGGAGCGCUACGUCGUGGCCAACGUCAGGAAGUUUUGCGAGGCCCUGGGAGACCUCGGCCGGGCGGUAGACGAGAAGAGGGGCUGGUCGGCGCCUAAGAACAUGGCCAACUGGUGCAACUGGCUCGCCAUGGACAUCCUGGGGGACCUCUGCUUCGGCAAGGCGUUCCACAUGCUCGACCGCCCGGACAACCGCUACGCCGUCGACCUUGUCGGCGUGGCGGCGCAGAGACAUCUAAUUUGCGGAACCAUGCCCGUCAUCGACAGGCUCGGCCUCGACAAAGUGCUGUUCCACAAGAUCGCGGCCGGAAGGGCCCGCUACAUCAAGUACAGCCGGGCGCAGCUCGUGGAGCGGACCGCGCUUGGCGAAGACUCGGACCGGCGCGACUUCUUCUACCACUUGCUCACAGCGCGCGACCCCGAGACCGGCCAGGGGUUCAGCACGCCGGAGCUCUGGGGCGAAUCCAACCUGCUCAUCAUUGCCGGCUCCGACACCACCUCGACGGCCAUGGCCGCGACGCUGUUCUACCUCGUGCGACACCCCGCGGCGCUGGCCAAGGCGACGGCCGAAGUGCGCUCCAGGUUCCCAACGGUCGACGCCAUCCACGGGCCAGACCUCAGCACGUGCACGUACCUGCGCGCGUGCAUCGACGAGGCAAUGCGGCUGUCGCCGUCGGUCGGCGGGCUCCUGCCGCGCGAGGUGCUGGCGGGCGGCACCACCAUCGACGGCGAGCAGGUGCCCGCGGGCACUGUCGUGGGUACGCCGACGUACACGAUCCACCACAACCCCGAGUACUACCCCCGGCCGUUCGACUUUGUGCCGGAGCGGUGGACGGCAGCCGAGAACGAGGUGGCGCUCGCGCAGAGCGCCUUCUGCCCGUUCUCGGUCGGCCCGCGCGGCUGCAUCGGCAAGGGCCUCGCCUACGUCGAGAUGACCAUGACGCUAGCGCGCGUGCUGUUUGUGUACGACCUGCGCCGCGCGCGCGGCGACGGGGCGGGCGUCGGCGAGGGCGGGAAGCUGGGCGCGGAAUGGGGAAGGCAUCGCGAGGGCGAGUUUCAGCUCGUCGACACUUUUACGAGCUUGAAGGACGGCCCCAUGGUCGAGUUUCGCAGGCGGGUGUAG